GCCCGGCACCGGCCGAGGCCCCGCCCCGACGCGGCCGGCUGUCAGUCACGCGCCUCGGGGCCCUUCCGGAUGGGUGGGGCGAGGAGGGGGUGCGCGGGGCCGGGCGGCAGCUGUAGGGCUUCGCAAAGCCUCCCCGAGCGGGUGAUGAACGCAGCUCGGGAGUGACGCCUUGCCAGCAGCAGCCGUUGCACACACUGCCCAAGCGCUGUGGAGUUUUUGGUGGUGAGCAGGGCAUGCGCUAACAACGGGGGACCUGGGAGGGGGUGCUAUGUGUAAGGGGAUGGAGAACACUGCGGGUAAAGGGGGACACUGCCACCAGGUUAAAAACGAUAAAGCCCCCUAGCUCAGUACCAAUAACCCUAUAGAUAACUAAAUUCUAAACAUCUAUUCAUUUCUCAAUACGCGUGCAGGCCCUGAUCCUGCAAUGGACUCCAUCCCAGCAGAUCCCUGCUAUAGGGGGUCAAAAGGCCGAUACCUGUUUCAGGAUUUUAGAGCCUUAUUCAUUGCAUUUCUUUUCUGCUUGGGCAAUGCAGGCUGACUCCUAUGAGUCUGGUGCGUACAUAAGAUAGAUGUUACAAUUCUAUUUUUUUUUCUGUAUUGCCUUUGAGUACAAGGAGACUCCAGGCCCAUCUGCUACGGUGUCCGUUCCAUUUGGGCUUUAAGGGCGAGUCUGAGUGCUGUCUUUUGUGCAGACUUUACAUUCGUUCUUUCUUUGCUGGGCUUUUCCCUCCCAAAUCUGAAAUAAGCCUUCAAGGUUUGUAAGUCAUCUGUGCUCUGUCUGGGGGAUACAGCACCACAGAAAUGUAGGGAUGGAAAGGACCUCAAGAGGCCACCUGUUCCACCCCUCCCCCCCACGCUGGGGCAGGGGUAAGUAAAUCAUGGAUACUAGGAUUAAUGAUACCAUGGCCUAGUACUGUGGGGUUUGGGCUGCUGGUGGAGAAUGUUUGCAUCCAAGCACGACAAUAUUUCUUAGGACCAUUCUGCCUUCUUUCCCCCAAACCUGGCUCUCGACUGGCUGCCAGCAUUCCUUCAAAGGAGGAGAGACCAGAUCGUGGAUUUGGAAGCUCUUUGGGGUACAGACGGUUUUUUUGUUUUGUUUUGUUUUUUUGUAUAACACCUAACACAAUGGGCUCAUGGGCCAUCACGAGGUGCGACGGUAAUACAAACAAUAAACAAUGGUGGGGCCUGGGAUGAGUCCUGCACAGGACUCUGUCAAGCUGCUCCCUGUGGCUCUUUGGGUAAUUCCCUGUAGCAGAUAAAGGCCCAUUGUGCUCUUCUGCAUCUUCAUGCAUCUUCAUGGCUGUUUGGUGCGUAAGGGCUUCCAGGGUGUCUCCUGACUCCAGAAUGCUCGGGGGUCUGCUCCCAAGCCAAGGUCUGGCCUUUGCUGUCGAUUUCAAUGUGUGUCUUUAUCCAUCUCAAGAGAGUUUUUGUCUGUGCUGUGUGUUGCAAACUCGUGCUCUGAGAUACUUGUCCACGGCAGAGAUUCUUUCAUGGAUUAAGCUGCUGGGGGAGGUCUCUGCACCAGCGUCACGGAGGAGAGAUUUGAGACAGAGUUGAGCUGUUUUUCCCCCUCCUCCCCGCCUGCAAAUGGCGCAUUGUUAAUUAUUAUUUGUAUUACCGCUGCACCCAGGGCUCAUUGUGCUAGGGGCUGUGAGCUGUCUCUGAAGCAAUGUCCUCAUCUGGGUGUUUCUGUGGGAGCAGUGAGGCUGUGAAGACGUGUUGGCAUUUCCUUGAGCCUAGCGCUGUUGUUGGUGUCAGGCUAAUGCCUAGGGUUCCAGCUGAGAUCAGGGCCCUGGUGUGCUAGGAGCUGUAUGUGCAUGCAGUGAGGAAUGGUGCUUAUGAUCUAAAUAGGUGAGACGGACAAAGGGGAGGUGAAACAAAGCAUUACCAUCCCUGCCUUAUAGGUGGGGAACUGAGGCACAAAGAGGGUGACUUGCCCAAGGUCAUACAGGAGUCAGUGGCAUAACAGGGAACUGAACCCAGGUCCCAAAGGCCAGUGCCUAAACCACAGGCCCGUCCCCUCUCUCUAGUAGAUGCAGCGGCAUGACAGGGUCGUGGCGAGGGGUGUGGGCUUCAAUCCCUGCCCAGGUUGCAGGCUGAUAUCACCUAGCACUGCGGAGGGCUGUGUCCUUCUCUGGCACCUUUCCUCUCAGCGCCUCAUAAACGUUACCAAGAUGUCUGCCUCACGCCUGGGGACUUAGGAGGGUAAAGGGAGGCGUAUCAUCCCCGUUUUAACUGACGGGGAAACUCAGAGAGGUGACCGGCCCAUGUUUGCACCGGGGCCGACUCUGUCUUGGGCAAAUCACUUCCCCCUAUUUUUUGCCUCCGUUUUUCCCCAUCUGUCAAAAUGAGGGUGAAGUUACUGAUGCAGAGGGCUUGGGGCUCUGUGGCUGGGCCGUGUUCUCUGAGCACAGUGAAGCAUUGGAAAGCAGAUGCUCAGCGAGUGCAGGCUUGUUUUUAAAUGUGCCGUUUCCCUAUGUAGCAUGGGUAGCUUUUUAAAGUAUCCCUUUCCUGAGUGCAUUACUUAUGCUCAUAGGUUUAAACGCUAAGGAUCCGAUCCCUUACCUGCUACUCCUUCCCUUGACCCUAAUGGACAUUGGGUGGGGUCUGAAGCAACCCGCUAGGCUACAUGCCAAAGGCUUGAAUAUGUUUCCUCUGCGGGAAUCAGCUGUCACGGUCAGUCUGUGACUAACUCAUGACUCGUGUUAUACGCCAUGGUACCAAUUUGGCGGCUUCACAUCCUCCCCCCCCCCCCCCCCCGGCUGGAAUUUGGCAGCUGAAUGGGAGAAACUGAUUUGCAUCUUAAAUCUACGCUCAUGUGUUGAUUGUUUGUUUAUGGCCGAGAGGGUCAGCCAAGAGGUUGUCUUCCCGAUGAAGAUCGGAGCCACCCCUCUGUCUCCUCUCGAGCAGCUGCAUCCGAUGCAAUGAGUAACACGACCACUCCCACCUCCGCCGGGACCUCCAGCGACUCCUUGGUAGGGUAUGUCCUGGUGCCCUUCUUCCUCAUCACCGUCGUGGGCAUCGUUGUGGUGGUGAUGAUGUACAUUCAGAAGAAGAGGAGGUUUGACAGGUUACGUCAUCACCUGUUACCGAUGUACAGCUACGACCCCGCGGAGGACCUGCACGAGGCUGAACAGGAGCUACUGGGGGAUCCAGACGACACCAAGGUGAUGCGAGGCUGGGGUGGAUACCAGCCCCAUCGGACUUCGCUCAUGGACAUGAAAGCGUAACGCAGCUCGGAGAGGCGACGUACUAACCACCUCCACCCCUCUCCCUUGUUGUCGAUUUCUGUGCUAACGUCAAGUCCUCCCACAUGGAGUUAAUUGUUAAAGCUCCAUCCUCCAUUUCGCUCUACUUCCACUUGCCUCUCCCCGUUCUGGGGCAGGUGGGUGUAGGCCCUGCCGGCUUUAGCUUCCGAGCGCUGUCAGACCGUGCUGCAGCUGCCCCUGAGCGUGCCUGCCGGCGAAGCACUGAAGACGUGAGCUGAAUCUUGGGUUUGCACGUUUUGACCAGGAGCGGCUCUUUCCCCCUCUUGGUUGUGGAUAUAAAACCCUCUGAGCCUUUUCACGUGGGCCCAGAAGAGAGGCUGUCGAUCCUGAGAGUGUGUUGAUGAAACUCCGUCGCUGGGUGGCUCAAAGACUCAACCCCAAUAAACCCAGUUUAUCGCAGCCUCCCCUUCAGUAUAAGCCACUUAAAACCAACGCAGCUCUGGUAUUGCAGAUGCAUCUGCUGACUGCACAGAGAACAAACCUCCUGCCAUGCUGCCUAUCUAUUUAUGCACAUGCUGGGCGUGUUACUUUGCGUGGGGGCAGUCCCAUGCACAAAUCUGAUUGAUUGUAUCUCUGAUUGAUUGAUGGGGACUGUUGUUGAACUGUGCAGCUGGGGAUCUUAAUACCUAGUUUAAUGGAGCCUUUGCUGCGAUCUUGAAAUAGCUGACAGCGAGCAUUUGAAGCAGUCCUUUGAUUCCAGUCACCCCAGGGCAGGGAUGGGUCCAGUUUGCUUAUGCAGUAAAAACGGGGUGCGUUUAGUAGAGCAAAAAUGUCUGUCUUUGCAUUCAGCCAAGAGGCCUUAUGUAUUUGCCAAGGAGGAGAAGUCUUCUUGGCACAAAAGCUACUGGAUAGUAAAACAACCGAACUCUAAUAGUUCAGCAAGGUGGAUCUUUCUAUGUGGGUGAUUUUUGUAUUCAAUAGUAGCUCAUCUCUAUAUUUUGUAAAUAAAAAGGCACCGUGAACAUGA